AUGACUACACUUGUCUUCCACUACUACUAUCAGCAAUACACAUAUUCAUACAUCAUGGCAGUCCCUCGCUAUCUACUCGAUCCUCCCACAUUCAAAUACUUAUUAGACAGCCUACCUUUAGAAUGUGUUCUCAAAUACCGACUCGUCUGCAGGGCCCUCGACUACGCCAUUUUCGACUAUCUCUACGGAAAAAGAAACCUCAUCACGCGACCAAUCCAACCGGGGAAUGGCCUUCUGCGUCACAAACUAGACCGCGACCCAUUUUUCAACGAACAUGUCAAAGACGCGAUGAAAUUCAUGGACCUCUACACCCAUCCACUCCUGACCAUCAGAUCCUGCACCCGAGACAUGUUCCUCGACGCCGCCACCACAGCCAUAAUGACCUACAAGGGACGCCCGUGGGCCGAAUCAUCCCUCACCGAAAACCUAGUCUGGUACAAAGCCGACAACGAGUUCUUCACCGUCGUCAUGGCCGCCUGGCUUCAACAAACCGAUGUCGUCGAACAAUGGCUCUGGGCUGGGCAUUCUGCGCACGCCCGUCACCCGAUCCUCGGGAGUUUGGUGUACGCGGCCGCAUACAACGAUGAUAUUGAACUGAUGCAGCUUCUGAUUAGACGCGGGGCGAAUGUCAUGCGCGUCGAGGGGUACUUUGGUGAUGCGUUCAAGGUAGCAGCCCAUCGGGGGUCGCAGAGAGUGCUAGAGCUUUUCUUGGAAACGAAGCAGUAUUAUAAUAUUACGGAUAUGAGUAGUCGGGGGGUGUUCGCAUGUCCGCUUAGUGCGGCGGCCGCGGCGGGCUUGUCGCAAAGCGUCACGGCCUUGCUGCCUUUUCGGUGGAAUAGGUAUAUUUGUAGUGGAACGCUGGAUAGGUCACCGCUUUAUAUCGCUGCGCAUGAGGGAUGGGUCUCGAUCGUCUACAUGCUUCUUGAUUGUUCGGAUAUUGACCCGAAUUCGGGGCGUUGGAAUGUUGAUACACCGUUGGCGGUGGCUUUGGACAAGGGUCAUAAAGGGGUGGUUAGGGUGUUGAUGGCUGAUCGGAGAGUUAGGGUUCUUCCGAGUCAACGGUUGGACAUACAGAGGGUAUUGUUUGGCGGUGAUGAUUGA